CACUGCUCGUACCGAUGCGCACAUUACAGUUUACAAACUGUUUGACGGGAUCUCUGCAGCUAAUUUUACUCGAUGUUCUUUCUGAACUUUUCCCGAAGACUGCACGCUUUCAUUGAAUGAUCUGACACAUCAUACGAAGUCAUGGGACAAUUCUGGUGCCAGAUUAGAAGGACUUUCGCAGCAUGAGUCGACAGCGUUUGCAGCUGGGAUUACCGAUAAGGGUUUGUCGGGAUAUUGUUGUAUCGUGAUGGAGGAUUUGCCGCUACACGGCGAAGGGUCCCAGUUUAUCCAGAGUGAUUCUGUGGGUUCCGAGGAGAGUCGACCAUCAGCACAACAUACUGCGACCUCAGCGAUGGGCGAAGCGCAGGUUAACCCAACAGACGUGCAGAAACUGCUGCGUGGACGUUUCAACGUGGAUUUCCAGCCGCCGACGGCGAGCAUUCCGUCCGGCUUCCGCAAAGUUGUAUCUCCAUCCGAUCUUCAGAGCUUCAUGAGUGUCGCAGCGACAUUUCGUCCAAAAUUACCAAUGGAUACGUACAGCGGUUUGUACGCCGAGGUCAGCAACACUCGCGUGAUCCUGCUGCAGAAAGCCGGCAGCGCGGCAUGUGCGGCCUAUGAAAUCGCCUACGGAGACCAGAUUGCUGUAUUCUCCGCGUUUAUGACAUCCACCCUCGGAACCCACCAGAUUCCGUAUCAACCACAGACCUCCCUGCAGCGGGCUUUGAUGCGCAUGCACCAGAAGCGCCGGGAUGAUUCGGCCCGUCUGGCGCAGUUUGCCGCCAUGCUGCCCGGCUUCGAGGACGUCAGCCCGACCGAUCGCGCUAUUUUAAUGGCAGAAAAGACUUUCGUCAGUACUUUGCUGCACCAUAUGAAGUACUUUUACAAGGGAGAGUUCUAUUGCCCAUUGCCGGGUCCUGAGCAGAUCCACGCCAGCAGCUACUGGAUGACGUCCAUGGGUGUGGAUCCCGAGUUAGUCCGGUUCUGCUGUGAAUUCAGCCAUGUAUACAACGGUAUCGGGUUAACGCUAGCGGAAUCCUAUUUACUCCUGGCCGCGGCGUUUUUCGAUCCAUGCACGACAACGGCAUCGGAUAAACCGUUACUGGGACACCUGUACUCGUUUUAUAAAGAUACGCUGAUGUACAUGAUCGGCUAUCGACGCCGCGACCCGGUGGAAUGCGCCGCUGUGUACCACAAACUGGACGAAGCGGGCAAGAUGCUCCAGAUGGCCUACCAGCUCGCUCUGGAGUGGUAUACGAAUGUGGAACAGACGCUGCCACCGUUUCCCGCCCCGUUGCGGACGCUGCUGCAGGACUGCCUGCAACGCGAAUCUCUCUUAAACCUGUAGACCGUAAAUUUGCACAAACGGCCUUUAUUUGUUAAACCCUGUGUUCACUGUGUUGUGCGACGAAAGGGUUUUGAAGAAUGGUGCUUUUCGGAUUUUGCGUAGGCGCUAUACGGUUUGAAUCUGCAAGACCAACAUAUUAUUAUUAUUAUGCGUGAGGGCCAGUGACAGUCGUUGACAGAUAAAGAUGAUGCAUGGGUCGGUCGUUUUGAGGACCGGCUUGUAUUAGCUUGCAAUUUAAGUCGGAGAUGCGAAAAAAGUGGGAAUGGUCAGAAAUGAUUUUGUCUGCGC